GUCAGAGAUAACAUUCAUGCCUUUGGUGGGGACAGGGAUCAGAUCACUAUAUUUGGUCAGAGCGCCGGUAGUUGGUCAGUAUCAGCACACAUACUGUCGCCACUAUCAAAAGGCCUGUUUAAGAGGGCUAUUAUGGAAAGUGGUUCUCAUCUGUACAAUAAGGACAGGGAUGUGAUCAGCAAAAGUGAAUCAAUACUUGUGGGCAAACAAAUGGCUAAGGAUUUCAAAUGUAGUGAAUCUGAGGAUUGGUUGCAAUGUUUGCGAAGUAUUGACGCAAAAGAGUUUAAUAAAUACACAAAAUCGAUAACAUAUCCGGUGUUGGGAACAGACUUUCUGCCCAUUUCUGCACAAAAAGCAUUUCAAGAAAUGAAAUUCAAUUCAGAUGUGGACAUAAUAGCCGGUGUGGCCACGAAUGAGGGAUCAAUGUUUGGGGCAAUCUUUGGUUUACAGCCCACUGGGAACACCACUUUGGAUGACAUUAAGAAAGCCAUCAAAGCUGCUGAUGAUGUCUACCAUAAUCUGGAUAUUCAUAAACUCGAAGAAUUUUAUUUGAGAAAUGUUGACAAAACCAGUCCAUUAGCUCUGAGGGAAGCCUUUUCUGACUUACUCGGAGAUUUAAUGUUGAAAUGUCCCACAUACCAGUUUGCCAAACAAUUUGCUACGAGUGUUCAAAAUGAGCAUCAAGUCUAUUUCUACCAGGUUACUUAUAUGAGUAAAACGUUUGCCAAAGCAACUCAUUGUGAUAUGCCAGGGAUGGGGAUAUGUCACUGUGCUGAGGCUGAAUUUGUAUUUGGGGAACCAGUUACCUCGGCAGAUUACAGUGAACUAGAUAAAAAGUUUAGCCUGGUUAUAAUGAAAAUGUGGACUAAUUUUGCUAAAUAUGGCCAACCGGACAUAGAGUGGCCACAUUUGUUCAGCAAUAAUACAAUUGAAGUUAAAAACCUAAAUCCUAACCCCAGACCCAAUUGGUUUGUCAAUCCAUAUGCGGCUACUUGUGAUGGUGUUUGGAAAGACUACUUCUUGUAAUCUAAUAAA